AUGUCGACGCCCGGUAUAUUCGAGUCGUUGAAAGCGCGCCUCAAGUCGGACGAACAGUGUGUGGAGGUCAGCUGCGAUGACUAUGAAGUGAAGCCGGCUCCAGGCAUAGUGUAUCCUCCUAAUCGUGCCGAAAUAGGAAGAGCAUAUUGGCGAUAUAUUCACAGUCGGGCUCCUUUCGCAGUGGUGCCAGGUGGCCAGCCCAGUUCAGCUGGUCCAGAGAGGCCUUGCCCUACUGAGAUGGAUUGGUUAACCUCUUUGAUUGAGGUAUACCCUUGUCGCCAUUGUGCCGAUAGUUUUGUUGACAUUUGCUGUGAGAUGCCGCCUCAGGUUUCUUCGACUGAUAAAUACACAUUGUGGUGGUGCAAAGCUCAUGAUGCCGUGAAUUCCGAGCUUAGCAAGCCCUUGUUCGGCGAGAGGUGCACGGCGAAGUUCCUACCAGCUAUGCGAGAGGCAGCUAAGAGAGGCUUGACACUAGACGAGUAUGAUUCUUUAAUAGGCGGUAAAUAA